UUAAUCUCCAUGUGCCGAAACUGUUAAAUGAAGAAGCAUUAGAAGGCCCAGAUAGCUUAGUUUAGCACGAGUACCCUUUUGUUCAAAGACUGCUAGAGGGAGGACGGACACCGUCAACAGAUGAAAUAUAGCUGAAAAUAGCUGAUUAAACGAAGGAUUCAAUUAAUUGAAAUUCGUCUAGUCUCCGAUACAAGUUUAAAAGGACGACAUUUGAUGAAAUGGGUGAUCCCGGUGGUACAUAUGAGCGUGGAUCUGUGUCUGGAAAUAUGUUAAUAAUAAGACCUACUACAGCUCCUACAUCUCAAACAAAUCCUCAAGAGAAUGGCAAUUUUGGUGUUAAAAAGAUACUUGAAGCGAAAGCAGUUUGUAGAGUAUGUUUUGAACCGGUCAGAGGAGAUGCAAUCAAUAUAUGUGAAUGCAGCUGUCCCCUCUUAGAUCUAAAAUGUAGAUAUUGGGUACCAGAUUCAGCAAAAUGUGGAUAUUGUAAGAAAGAGUAUCAGAAGAUAUAUGUUACUGUGGAACCAGAGCAGAUUCCUCAAGGAAGACAAAAACGGGGCUUGGUUUCAGCAUUAAAGAGUGGAAUCCACAGGUUUUUCAGUUGUGCAAGUUCUCCCUCAGUGGCCUGAUGUGGACCAUCCUAUUAGAGAAAGAGCAAUUGGCUAUGGACGUAAUUUGUUUUCAUUUUUCUAUUGUGUUUUGUUAGACUUGUAUUUUAUAUUCUCAUUCCCAUUUUUUCAUUUAUCAGCAUUGCUAGCUGUAACAAUUGUCAAAGCUAUUUUCCUUGGUCGGCUCAAAAAAAACAGAAAGGAACCAAUAUGUAUGUAAUUUCAUUAUCUGCUGUUGGAUUAUACAAAUACAUCUUGACCAUUGAAUUUUUUAAUUUUGAAAAAUUGGAAACCAGAGCAAC